AUUGGCAAUGUCAGAAACUGUGAGAACUGAUGAGAGCAGUUCAAAGAACAUUUAUGGUGACCCACCAAAGGUCAAUAUUAGUCUUCCAGAGAUAAGUGAACUAACCCAGGAUUCUAAACGAUGGAAGGAUGUUCAACUCCCAAUUGACAUUCUGUUGUUAACAGUGAAGGACUGUGAAUUCUUAAGUUGCUACCAUUACAUUAAUGAUCCAUAUAGAAGCUACUUUAAAGGGCUUGGUCAUGUGUACUUUGGCAGCUUUGGUGAAGAUCAAGAUGUUAAACUGAAAGUAGCUUUGAUGAAAUGCUCAGAGGGUUGUAAAGUUCCUGGUGGUGCUUUGACUGUUGUAAAAAAUGCUGUCACUCAGCUGAGGCCAAAAGCUGUCUUUUCUGUGGGCCACUGUAGUGGUAUGAAUCAGGAAUCAACAAAGCUUGGGGAUGUGGUUCUAUCAGAAAAGCUCACAACCUAUUCCUACCAGAAGGUUACAAAGGAUGGAAAGAAAUUUUGUGGGUUCACAACUCCUGUAAGCAGAGACAUUGCUGAACUCAUUAAAUGUGCAGGUCAUGGUUGGAAUCCACCCUUAGAAAAUCCUAAAGAGAGGAAAGUUGAAGUCCUCUGUGGUGAGGUUUUGAGUGGUACUGAGGUCGUGCAAGCUGAAUGGCGACGAGAGGAACUAGUGAAGUCAUUUCCUGAAGCAAUUGCAAUUGAAACAGAAGGAGAGGGUAUUUUCAGUGCAGCACAUGAUCUGAAAAUGGAGUGGGUUGUCAUCAAGGGUAUUUCAGGAUAUGCAGAUGGAACUGAAUCAAAAGAAAACUGGCAAACAUUUGCAAGUGUAACAGCAGCUUCUCUUGUUGUCAGCAUUCUAAAGGAAUGCAGUAUUUUUGAAGAUUGGCCACAUUACAAAGGUAAACAGAUCAACUUUUAUCUUUUUUGGCCUGUAGUAUAGUCUUGUAUGCUGUUUAGUUUUGUGUUUUAUAAAUGUGCUGGAACUGAGUACCAAAACUGAAUUGAAAACAUGAUUAAUGACCUAUGAUCAUGCGGUGACUAAUCAGAUCAGCUCUUGGAUCAGAAAUUUUACAUGUUCGUCAGCAAUUUCACAGGCUCUGCUCAUGUAUGUUGCACUUGGCUUUAAGAUAAUGACGUUGACGUCAAUUCAACAUACAGGAACUCUAAUUUUCUUUCCACAAAGAUUGAUGGUGGGAUGUUUUCA